GGCAGGAGCGGUGGCACAGAGAGGAACGCGCGACCAUGGUUCUCAUCAAGGAGUACCGUGUGGUUUUACCCUGUAGUGUUGAGGAGUACCAAGUGGGACAGCUGUUCUCUGUGGCUGAAGCUAGUAAAAAUGAGACUGGUGGUGGUGAGGGCAUUGAGGUACUCAAGAAUGAGCCCUAUGAAAAAGAUGGCGAGAAAGGACAGUAUACACACAAAAUCUACCACCUCAAGAGUAAAGUCCCAAGGUAUGUCAAGAUACUUGCCCCUGAGGGCUCCCUUGUAUUCCAUGAAAAAGCCUGGAAUGCCUAUCCCUACUGCAGAACCGUUGUGACGAAUGAAUACAUGAAAGAUGAUUUCUUCAUUCAAAUUGAGACAUGGCACAAACCGGACCUUGGAACACAAGAAAAUGUGCACAAACUAGACAGUUCCACGUGGCAGAAUGUAACUGUCGUGCCCAUUGACAUUGCAGACAGAAGUCAAGUGUCCGCUGCUGACUACAAGCCAGAUGAGGACCCUGCCAAGUUCAAGUCAGCUAAGACUGGCAGAGGACCCCUUGGGCCAGCCUGGAAGAAAGAGCUGGUUAGUAAGACCGACUGCCCAAGGAUGUGUGCCUACAAACUGGUCACAGUCAAGUUCAAGUGGUGGGGCCUGCAGACUAAAGUGGAGAACCUCAUCCAUGAGCAAGAGAAGAGGAUCUUCACUAACUUCCACCGGCAGCUCUUCUGUUGGAUUGAUAAGUGGGUGGAGCUGACUAUGGAUGAUAUCCGGCGGAUGGAGGCAGAGACACAGAAGGAGCUCGACGAGCUGCGCAAACAGGGUGAAAUACGGGGAACCAGUGCUGCAGACGAAUGAAAAGGCGAAGGAUUUUAAACACCCAUGAUGACGGCAGCGAUGGAGGCUGUUCCGAGGGCUCUUUGGUGCCACUUUUUACCUGAAGUGAUUGAGGCUGUGGAGGAGGGAGCUCUGCUACCUGCAAUCAAUAGAGCCGAUCCCUGACUUGCACCCAAUCAUAGACAUUCUAUACACUGAGGAAUUGAUUUCUAGAAACCAACAUGAUUCUAGCUGAUAAGACUCUGGUUAAUUUUGAUCUCCUGGGCAGAGGGAGGCCAGCUAUCAGCAUCAUGUCAUUGACAAGACCUAGCCUUCUGGAGAGAUAUGAAGAGGAGCUGCCUGCAGGAGAGAGAUGUUUGUGUUUUGUUUUUGUUUUUUUUUUUAAGCAAAUUCAUUGGCUCGAUUCCACAGUGGCAGGUGUUGGACCAAAUAUUUACUCUAUUAUUUUGAUUUUCCUUUUUGUUAAUGUUAUCUCCAAAAUAUUCCUCUCAAGAUGCCUCGUCUGACCUCCCUUUGUCUCCUCCUCGGUUUUAACUGUACACACUGUGGCUCUGUGGUUUGCAUUCCCUGGCAUGAGUCUGUCUGUUUGUCAUACUCAUGUUCCUUCCUGCCACAGCCUCCAUUAAGAGAUUACUAACAGCCUUGGCGCCUUGGCCCAUUGUAAUCCUUCCCCCAUGACCCCACCUUACCCAAAGCACUGCAUCUUAUUAAGACUGACAAUCAUGCCCGUACAGGUAUUCACUCUCGCUCAUACAGAUUUAAUAGAAACCCCACACACAAGUGCAUGUGCCACAUAUACAUUGUGCACAUGAGGAUAAACAUGUGAAAUCAUUCUCACACGCGCACGCACCCACAGGUGUGGAUGCCUUUGCGGUGACUGAUCUCUUAAAAGCUCGAGCUGGGCAGAUCCAUGCAAGCUUGUUCAGCUAACUGAUGUUACUUUGGUGUUUACAGCUCUCACUAAUUUUUUUUUUUCUCCCCCCUCUUUCAUCCAUCCACACACUCCCUAUUCUGAAGACAUUCACACAUAACAUGCAAAACAGCAUUCACCUCCCUAACAGAUGUCCCCGGAGAAAAACUGCACUGAAAAACAGCCACAGAUGGUGCUACACCCCUACAGCCGCUGUCACAAGCCAAACUGCGCCGCACUGCUCGCCCCACCUCACCCAGCCCACCCCAGAGGCCUGCCUCACUCAUCUGGUCCUCUGAGGUAGACGGUUUCUAAAGGCCUCUUCUUCUGUGCACUUUAGGUGUGUUUACAGAUUCAUAACAGCCUUACCAGUGCCCAGUCGACACCAGCACCACACACUGCUCGCCUUAAUGUCUGGACCUAUUAUACCUAUCGUACCUCUGCUGCCAGCUCUCGCUCUAGCUACCUCCCUUGUUUCUGACUGGCAAUUUUCCCGACACCUAACAGUUAGCACUAGCCAUUAGCUGCUACUUGUUCGGACUAAAUGACGGUAGACAGCUUUACGAGCAAAGUUGUUUGUGAUGACUCUCCGUUUUCUUUGCAUGUGGUUCCUUUUAUGUUUCCUGAUACGCGUCAGAGUGCCUGAGCAAGUGCAAUUCGUUCAGCAAGCAAAAACGUGUAAGUUGCAGCCGGAACAGGCUGUACAGUGUUGUUCCUGCGAAGGGCUGCAGAUUUCCAUCUUUGCCUCAGAUCAGCCGUUUGAUGGAUUUGCCAUAUUAAUGACUUUUCAACUCCAUAGUGCACUUUCUCGCCUUAGGCUUCAGAAUCAUGUGGCACUGGCCUGCAGUGUUACUCACUAGUGUUACAUACAUCUACAGUACAAGUGGCUUCCUCGUUUGAGUUUUUGUGUUUUUUUUGUCGUGUGUCAGUGUCUUAAAUUGUGCAACAGGAAUUGGGGGGGUUUGUUUUUAGAGACCUAUUUUCCAUAUUUUCCUUUUCAAGACGUAGAUGUAAUUCAAUACUCCGGGUUCAAAGAUCCUAAUGUUUUUAUUUUCAGUAAACUGUAUGAGGGAAUGUGAUCACUUCCUCAGUAAUGGGUUAUUGGCUUGUCCAAAGAGUGUGAAUGGAUUUCUGUUGUGUUUACAUGAGUUCAGCAAUGGUGAUAUAGGAAAAUAUGGAGGCAGUUGUUUGAGGCAACAUCUUUCAUAACUAAAUCUUCUCAGGCGAACAAUACGACACAAGGAUCUUUUUGAUACUGUUACUCAUCAGUUGCCUCAAGCAGUUGACUUCCUUUCACUCUACCAUAUCCUUUUCUGUGGGUAUUACAGUUUCAACAUGAUUGGAAGUGGUUGUAAUGCAGCCUGUUCUCUCGCAGUAUAUGAGACAACCACAUGGUCUUUGUUACUGUACUGGGAUCGCAUGCUUCUGUCUCAAAGAGUGAAAAGUGAAACAAUUGCUCUUCAGUGUGAUCAAUGUUUCCAAGUCUGUCUUAAUGAUUCCUGCUGUCUGUUGACUAGAGGACCCAGUGGCUAAAAAGAACAACCUAAAUCAAUAGUUUACCAUCUGUCAAGACCACGAUAUGGGGGAGAGGAAGUAUUCACAAAGCAGCUCUACUGUCUUAUCCUAAUUUAUGAAAUCUACAACUGUGUAACUUCUGAACUGCUUGCUUUUAAGUGUUUCUGAUCAGCUUUUGAAAUUCAGGGGACAUGGUAGUGAAUGUACGACAUUUUGUGCCUUUUCUUUCUGUCAAAUCUUUUUGUGUGCCAUUAAGUCUACGUAUUGUAUCUAAAUAUCAAAUAAAUUUUUGUCUGGAA